AAAAUGUAAAUUUAUUAUCAGAACUCAGGAGUGAAGUUAGCUUAGCUCUCAUGCAGGUAGGCUCUAUUCAGCACAACCUCCAAGAAACGCUCAAGAAAACUGGAAAGCGAAUCGCAUAUAAACGAGAUUUGAGAGACAGCCUCACUCCAUGCUUUCCUAUCAGUUUCUCGCAUUUUCCCGAGAAAAUCUCACGUCGUUUCCAAGAAAAAGCCCUACCACCGUAUGGUUUCCAACCUCAAGCUGUGAUAAGAGAUGUUUCCUCCGGUUGACGACCCUCCCGAUCUAGGGAUCCCACCCAACCGCGGCCCUCUGCCCGUCAGGAGAAACCCUAACUCUAAACCUAACCCUCGCGUUUGUUCUGGCCAUCGACGCAAUGCCCAGCCGCAGGGGAUUCGGGGGGUCCGAGCUCACCGAGGCUCUCUACGUGGGAUUCUUGACGGGUUCUUUUAUUUUUACUGCUUUGUUUCGUAUCUGUUUCUCGCAUUUUACCGAGAAAAUCUCACGUCAUUUCCAAGGAAAAGCCCUGCCACCGUAUCGUUUCCAAACUCAAGCUGUGAUAAGAGAUGUUUCCUCCGGCUGACGACCCUCCUGAUCGAGGGAUCCCACCCAACGGCGGCCCUCUGCCCGUCAGGACAAACCCUCGCGUUCGUCCCGGCCAUCAACGCAAUGCCCGGCCGCAGGGGAUUCUGGGGGCCCGAGCUCACCGAGGCGCUCUAUAACAAAAUCGGCGUGAUAGAGCAGGAGUGGUCGUUUCUUGACGGAAUUAAGUCUGGGACAUCGUUGAAGUUCGGGUAGGAAAGUUUGUUAAGGAGGUUUGGAGAGCGGGACUGACUCGAUCAGUUGCGGUCAGAAAUGAGGAUCGGCGUUCGGAGGCCUAGGCUUGCUCUUGUGAGUUUUUGCUUUGAGAAUGGAGAAUGUUUGCGUGAGGUAUGAUUGUUGGUGAUUUAUUUUACCGAGUCUUUCUGUUUUAGCUGUUGCAAUUGGAUUGAAUUCUUUGUGUUCGAUUUGAUUCUUCUUCAAUUAUGUUAGAGAAUCCUGUUGUUGUGGGUGUUGCAUUUGGGAAUCGAAUUGCUUGGAUUUGAGACUGUUCUGGAUUUGUGUGGAUUAAUAUUGAUCUGAUGAGUGUUGCGAUAAAGAAUUGGGGUUUAUGUAUAUUAAUCUUGAUCUGUUUUGGCUG